GUUUCCUUUUGGCUGAGGGCAGUAAGGGUUUAAAUUCAAUGCUUCGUUUCUGAAUAACUUUAAUUUUUAAAAAACUAUCAAUCUUCUGGUUUACAGGGAUAUUGACAUCUGUUUAGGCCACACAUUUUCCUUAUUUUAUUGAAGGCAAAUUCUAGGAAAAUCGGGGAAAGGAAAUCUUUUAUUUUAAAUAGUUAUAAAAAUUAAUUUGAAGAAAAAUGUGUGUGCCUUCAUGGAGCCUUUUAAUUAAAAGCAGAAAUAUUAGUGACUUGUUUGGGUUUUUUUAUGUGUGCCUAUUUUCAGCUGUAUUCAGCAGCCUGGCAUAACAGCCUGUUGACAUUUAGAUCAAAUCUGCUUUUUUGGUCAGAUAAGUUAACUUUUGAGAAAGAGGCAUAGGCUAAUGGCCUCAGGAUGACAGAGUUGCAAGGCAUCUGGUUUUCGACUGGAAUGCCUGUUUGAAAAGGGACUCUGGUGGUUCCAGCCAGCACAGCUAACCAGGCUACUAAAAAUCUCAUUGACCACAAUGGAUGGCUCCAUACGGCUCCUGGAAGUGGCCAGCUUGUUCCUCCAGCUCCUAGGUGCAGGGGCGGUGAGCCCACAGCACAGGUGCUGCCCUGAACACCAGCUCUACAGCUCCCAUUGGCCAGGAACCGCAGCCAAUGAGAGCUGUGGGAGCGGCGCCUGUGGAUGGGGACAGUGCGCAGAGCCCCCUGGCCACCACUGCGCCUAGGAAACAGAGGGAAAUGCCAGCCGCUUCCGGGAGCUGCCUGAGCUAUGAAGUCUUAUACUCCAGUUUUCGUUCUCCUGUGGGGCGCUGUCGGGAUAGCAAGGGCUGCCAAAAUCGUUGUUGUGCCGCCAAUUAUGUUUGAAAGCCAUCUGUAUAUUUUCAAGGCCCUGGCCUCAGCCUUGCAUGAGCAAGGUCACCAGACAGUGUUCCUCCUCUCUGAGGGCAGACACAUCCCUCCAUCUAAUCACUAUAGACUCCAACGUUACCCAGGGAUCUUUAAUAGCAGCACCUCGGAUGAUUUUCUUCAGUCCAAAAUGAGGAGUAUUUUCUCUGGAAGACUGACAGCACUAGAACUGUUUGACAUCCUGGAUCAUUAUUCUAAGAACUGUGACAUGAUUGUGGGCAACCAGAACCUAAUGCAUGUCUUGAAACAGGAAAAAUUUGACCUCUUGCUAGUGGAUCCUAAUGAGAUGUGUGGGUUUGUUAUAGCUCACCUUUUAGGUGUUAAAUAUGCUGUUUUUUCCACUGGCCUUUGGUAUCCAGCAGAAGUAGGUGCUCCGGCUCCUUUAUCUUACGUUCCAGAAUUUAACUCACUUCUCACAGAUCAUAUGAACUUUCUAGACAGGAUUAAAAACACUCUUAUUUAUCUGGUUUCAAGAUUAGGAGUCAAUUUUUUGGUUCUGCCGAAAUAUGAAAUGAUAAUGCAGAAACACAAAGUGCUGCCAGAGCGGUCGAUGCAUGAUUUGGUUCAUGACUCCAGCCUGUGGAUGCUGUGUACAGAUAUAGCACUAGAGUUUCCAAGACCCACGCUACCAAAUGUUGUUUAUGUGGGAGGAAUCCUCACCAAACCGGCCAGUCCUCUACCAGAAGAUCUUCAAACAUGGGUGAAUGGUGCUAAUGAAAAUGGCUUUGUCCUUGUCUCAUUUGGAGCUGGAGUGAAAUAUUUGUCAGAAGACAUAGCAAAUAAAUUAGCAUAUGCCCUGGCAAGACUUCCUCAGAGGGUUAUCUGGAGGUUUUCAGGAAGCAAGCCGAAGAAUUUAGGAAACAAUACAAAACUCAGAGAAUGGUUACCACAAAAUGACCUCCUUGGUCAUGCUAACAUUAAAGCCUUUCUUAGCCAUGGUGGUUUGAACAGUAUUUUUGAAACCAUGUACCAUGGAGUGCCUGUGGUGGGAAUUCCCCUCUUUGGAGACCACUAUGAUACUAUGACCCGAGUGCAGGCCAAAGGCAUGGGAAUAUUAUUAAACUGGAAGACAGUUACUGAGGAUGAACUAUAUGAAGCACUGGUGAAAGUCAUUAAUGAUCCCAGCUACAGGCAACGGGCCCAAAAGCUCUCUGAAAUUCACAAGGACCAACCCGGGCAUCCUGUUAAUCGGACAGUGUACUGGAUUAAUUACAUCCUCCGACACAAUGGAGCACAACAUCUACGUGCUGCUGUUUACACCAUCUCUUUUUAUCAGUAUUUCUUACUGGAUAUUGCCUUUGUUGUACUACUUGGUACUGCCUUAUUUUACUACAUUUUGGCCAGGAUAGCAAAGUUUAUCCAAAAACAAAGCAAACAUCUUUGGUCAAGUGAUGAACAUAGCACCAUUAAUGGACAUUACCACAACGGGAUACCAAAUGGCAAAUACAGAAGAAAUGGUCACAUUAAACAUGAAAAAAAGGUGAAAUGAGCCAACUACCCCAUGUACAGUAAUGAAUCAGAUCAAUAAUUGAAUUUUAUCGUUGUAACUUAGUCUAACAACUACUUAAAGUAAAACAUCAGUAAACAGUUCUAACUCUCCCCUACAGUAUGUAAUCUUAUAUGAUGAGAUUCUACAGAACUAAGAAACAUCUUUAAAAAACAAAACAAAAAACACAACCUAAAAUGCAAAAUGUAUUUUAUUCUUAAUACUGAUGCAGAGAGGUUAUUUUGGCACUGAAAUUUUUAGAAGCCUUAAUUCUCUGAAGUAAUUCAAUGACCAUAUUUAUGAUUUCCCAGUUUUUAAACCUGAAUGUGUGUGUCCCAAGAAAGGUUUCCUUUUACUUGCAAAGAUUUUCUUAUUUUUAUUUUAAAUAUAUAUAUAUCCCUCUUUUAGCUGAGAGAAUUUUAGAGCUAGCUCUGUGUUAUAUUUGUUAAAGGUUUGACAUGUUGCCUAAGAAUGAUGGUUCAAUAAAGUCAUCUUUCCCAGUGUUUGACACGCAGCAAUUAAGUUGCAGAUUGAGAAUGCAGCCAUAAAAAAUAACUUUCUCAAACCUGAACAUUGAAGAAAAAUGGUAAAAAUAUGUACCGCUUUUCCCCCCGAUAGGCUAUAUAACUCUUCUGUUCUUUGCCAUUGCUUUAGAGAAAGGGAUUUUGAUUAAUCUAGGAUAAGUUGUAAAUUUUAUAUUUAUGUAUGUUUUAUUUUUAUUUUAUUUUAUGGGGGUUUAGUUGCCUUUCCCUACAUAAAUAAUUUAUUCCACUGGAAGAAAUGUAGGGGACUUUUAAUUAAAUGAAUAAAAUGGCUGUGUGGGUAGAAUGCAUAAUUAAGAAAAAUAAAUGAAACUAAUUUUUUUUUUUGUCCCUGAGCUCAGUGCAGAAGGUUUGCCAUGGGCCUUGAGCAAUGCAGAAGCAAACCACUAUUUGGGGUUUAUUUAAGAAAAGUUGAAUGUCUUUCCUAAUAAUAAUUAUUAUAUUAUUAAGUUUUUUUCUAAAUCACAGUGUUGUAGAUGUUCUCUUUCAACAGUUCUAUCUGGAAAAAAAUAUUAACUUAUGUUGGUCUGGACCACACAGUCCCUGACAUAGUUGCCAACACUAAAGUCUCUGAACAUGGGAUGGGUUCUCUGGGUUGCUAACCAAUGCAUGUUUAGAGGUUUUAUGGCAUGCGUGACAUUAAACCUCGCAAACAAAACACAGUGUAUAGAGAUUGUCUCUUCUGCUCUCCAAUAUGGCCCCAUCCCUCAACAAUCUCUGUUAAUCAUUGUAGCUGACAUGCGACUUUUCUGGCUUUGAAUGGAGAGUGGGGAUGUAGGGCACUAGUCAUGAAAUCAGAGCUGUCUUGCUGAACCAAAGUUGGCAACUAUGUCUUAUUUCCAGGUCAUUCUGUUUACUUGGAAUUUGCACUACACAUGUUGUGAGUGUAUGCAUUGUUUAUUUAUAGUUAGAAAUCCCACGAAUGACAGAGGAAGGAAAGAAGCCCAUUUAUCUUGUGUUGUUCACUAACAUGGGAAGAGUUGUGAAAAUGACAGAAUGCUGAGAUCAUCUUCAUACACAGUGACAUUAUAUUUCAUUAUCAUUCCAUCAGGAGCCUCCCUUCUAUAGCAAUAAAUAACAUUACAAAUAUGUUUCUAAUAUAUGGUACAGACAUUUGUACUGCUUUCCGAAUACUUGAAGAAAAUGUUGUUAUAAAUAAGCCGAUGAGAUAUAUCUUUUUACAAUCUUAUCAGUACAUGGCAACUAAAGGAACACAUUGAGGCGAUGAGUGGUGGGAUGGUAACAGGAUUUUGAGUGUAUGACUGAGUUGCUUUUACUGUUUUUGGUAUAGUGAAGGUACAAAAGCACUGACCGGAUGAUUAAGCAUAAUUUAAUCUCCACUGUGAUAAAACUUAUGCAAUAAACAUGGAUUUAAUAGAGAAA